UAGUUAGAUUAAUUAAACUGUUCUGUCCAAUUUGGAAGUAUCUACUCUGAUUAUUUUAAAAACCAUUAUUAAGUCUAUAUGAAUAUUUAUACUGUGUAUAAGUUGUUAAGGCCGUUGUCGUCAUUUUCAAUUAAACUGGUGAGAUACAAUUUUUAGAUAAUUUAUUUAGGUAGGGCCUAGCCUAGCUAGACCUUUAAAAGGCUUAAGUUUUCCAAUCUUUAACUCCAAGCUAUGUCUUAAAAUGUUGGUUUCGAUAUUAGCAUAGCCCAGUUAAGAAACUGUACCCCUACUGAAGGUAAAAACCGUACCAAAGCUGAGUUAGGUCUACCAGGACAGCAGAUCGACCUAACUUAUGGCCUAAUACAAAAUAAAAGAAAUGGAUUUAAUUAAUACCAAAGGGAAAUUGAAUACCCUUCAGAGUAGCUCAAAUUCAGAAUCUCGAUUUAAGCCCAUUCAAUGUGGACAUGUUCCCGCCUCUGAAACCUCUUCAGUAAACAAAGAGACAUUUAAGGUACACAAUGGACCACCCUGCACCGCUAAAAUACUGCUUCCAGAUGAAUCACUUGAAGACUUUUUGAAUCAGCACAUAGAGCACACCAAUGGGAUCUCAGACCAAAAUCCUCUACUAUGCAUACAACAACAUAACGAGGUAAAGUCAGCUAAGAAGAAAAACACUAUAAAGAACAUACCGGUACCGCAAUACCCAAAACAAACAAGCGAACAAAUAGCAUACCAACAGAGCAAUAACACUAUGCCAAUUGAAAGCAGUAAUAUUUUGACGCAAAAGUUUGACCCAGUAACUGGGGAGUAUGGUUGGGAGGUUCAAGAUGAUUCUUAUGAUUAUCAUCAGGAGAUUGCUCGGUCAGCCUUUGCUGACAUGCUUCACGACUCAGAAAGGAAUGAAAAGUACUACCAAGCCAUCGAGAUGGCAAUAGACCAGUUACACAAGGAAGGCAAGGAGGCCCAUGUUCUGGACAUUGGUACUGGCACUGGAUUGUUGGCCAUGAUGGCCGCUCGGUGUGGUGCUGACACCAUCCACGCCUGCGAGGCAUUUGAACCGAUUUCCAAGUGCGCAGAAAGGGUGAUAGAGGAAAACGGGUUGUCCGACCGAAUCACAGUGAUACACAAGCGAUCGACAGACUUGACUGUGAGAGACGAACAAAAAGGAGAUCUACCUCGUCGCUGUAAUGUCCUGGUGACGGAGGUCUUUGACACCGAGCUCAUCGGUGAGGGGGCAGUCGAAACAUUCAAUCAUGCACUGACACACUUACUGGAGAAAGACUGCCUGGUGGUGCCUAGCAGUGCCACAGUGUUCGCCCAGGUAGUGGAGAGUGAGUGGAUGCAGAGAUGGAACAAACUGGCACAAUGGGGCGAUGUGGCGCCGUCCCAGGCCAUCCAGCAGUGUCCCGGUGCAGCGGCCGUGCACGACGUGCAACUCAGUCAGGUGCGCCAGAGUGACUUUCGACCAAUCUCACCUCCCGAGCCUGUAUUUAGGUUUGACUUUACGGGUCGCAACCACACAAGCGGGCGAGGCCCUCCUAUCCCACUAAAUGACAAGACAGCCGUGGAGACAAAGGCAGCCGUGUCGGGCACGGCACACAUGGUGUUCAUGUGGUGGUCGCUCAACAUGGAUCCUCAGGGCAAGGUAGUUCUGAGUUGUGCUCCAUGGUGGGCUCACCCUUCGAAACCAUCUGGAUAUGAUGCCAUACCAUGGAGAGAUCACUGGAUGCAAGCUGUCUACUACCUCCCCAGCCCUGUCACUGUGACUCAGGGCCAGUCACUGUGGCUACUGUCCAGUAGAGACCAGUACAGCUUGUGGUUCAACCUGGCUACUAGCAGAAGCCCUGUCACUGUGACUCAGGGCCAGUCACUGUGGCUACUGUCCAGUAGAGACCAGUACAGCUUGUGGUUCAACCUGGCUACUAGCAGAAGCCCUGUCACUGUGACUCAGGGCCAGUCACUGUGGCUACUGUCCAGUAGAGACCAGUACAGCUUGUGGUUCAAACUGGCUACUAGCAGAAGGGCCAGUCACUGUGGCUACUGUCCAGCAGAGACCAGUACAGCUUGUGGUUCAACCUGGCUACUAGCAGAAGCUGUGUACUACCUCCCCUCCCCUGUCACUGUGACUCAGGGCCAGUCACUGUGGCUGCUGUCUAGCAGAGAUCAGUACAGCUUGUGGUUCAACCUGGCUACUAGCAGAAGUUUCAGCUCUUCAAUGAAAGAUAGUCUGGUGAAACAUUUCCAGUAUACAUUUUCAUCUAGCACAACUUCUGAAGAGACCAAGAAGCCUAUUUGUGAGUGUAUGAUGCAUGUGACAUGUUCGCGCACGCGCAUCGGCAUGCUCAACGACCCCAGCAGACGACAGAAGUACUUCAGUGUGCUGCAGAAACUGGUGACCCCAGACAGUGUUGUGCUUUCCAUUGGAGACACUUCAUUGCUUGGUCUUCAAGCUGCUUGUCUGGGUGCAAAACAUGUGUAUCAUCUUGAAAAGGACUCACACUCACAAUCUUACAAAGUAAUGAAGGAAUUGAUCGAGGACAAUAAUCUCGGUUCUAAAGUAACCCUCAUAAAAUAUGGAUCCGAUAACCCUUGGACUGGCCUUUGGACUCUUGAUGAAAAGAUUGCAGAAUCAGUGAAUCUGGUUGUAGGAGAACCGUACUCCUCCAAUGCAAUUUUCCCAUGGCACUUGCACAACUGGUGGUGGUUGAAGUCACAGUGUCCCGCGGCAGUUAGCAUGCCUGUGUCAGCGACCCUAUAUGCCAUGCCUAUGCAGUUUGACCACCUGCACAAGAUACGAGCGCCACUGGGUACCAUCAGUGGCUUCAAGAUGGCUGCUUUUGACGAGCUUAUCCAGAAUUCCAGUGCAGUUAGCGACAGCAGCAUUGAAGUGCACCCUUUGUGGGAGUAUCCUGGGGUUAGCUUGGGCAAACCGAGUAAAAUUUCUACAUUUGAAAAGAGACAGCCUUUUUUCUCCAUGGGAAAUACAAAUUUCAUUGUUUCUGGCUGUUGGAACGCCAUGGCUCUGUGGGUAGAUUUCCACCUUGAUCAGGACACUGUAGUAUCGACGGGUCCACAGCAACCUGUAGUGCCCGGGUCACCUGUCCAGUGGGACCCGUACACCCGUCAAGGUGUCUACUUCAUGCCGCAAGUCCCUGUACAUGCAGACAAAGACUUUUAUUCGUACAACGCUAAGUUUGAAUACAAUGCAAACGAUAUACAGUUUACAUUCAGAUUGCAAAAAAAUUAUUGCAUGGUGACUAAUGAAAGGACUGAUAAACAUUAAAGGACAUGGGAAUGCAGUGUGACUACCAUUUAUUACCUGAUUGAACACAUCAUAAGUAACGUUGAAGUUUUUACCGAUGCCACAAAGAAGUAAGGUACAGAGGAAACA